AUGUCCCCACUAUCAUUCGCGUACUACUGUUCUGGUCAUGGUUAUGGGCAUGCGACGCGAGUGUCUGCAGUCGCUGCGCAUUUGCGACAGCUCCAAAAUGCACCAACAGUCCACAUCGUAUCAUCAGCGCCAUGUCAUGUCUUUGACCUGGCAAUCUCGUGUGGCGCGCACUAUCGGUAUGCCGAGAUAGACCCUGUAAUCGUGCAGCCUCUCGCAUAUUAUGUGGACAGGAGGAAGAGCGUUGAAAUUCUAAAAUCCUUCCUCCAGAAAAAAGAGCGUAAAAUUGCCGAGGAAGUUACUUGGCUGAAGGAUAAUGCCAUCGACUGUGUGCUUAGCGAUGCAGCCUUUCUCGCUUGCAAAGCAGCCAAUGUUGCUCGAAUACCGUCUGUCCUUAUCACAAACUUCACAUUCGACUCUGUAUACAGCUAUCUCUCCAUUCGUUUCCCUGAGGGUUCACCGUUGAAUCCGAAAAUCCCGGCCGAGUCUUUCGAUUCUAAGCUAUCACUAUUGAACGACGACCCGAUUCCUCCAGAAGAGCUGGCUCCGCUUGUGAGAGAACUACUCGACGGCUAUCGUUGUGCCGAGCUUCUCCUGCGAUUACCGGGAAAUAUCCCAAUGCCCUCGUUUUGCAUCGAACCGACUCUCCCAUCUUAUUUGUGGACUGAACCAGAGCGGAAUAGAUUCCUACCGGACGUCUUGGCUUCUUUAUCCCAACUUCCGUCAUCCGAGGAUUUACAUCCCUCUACCCCGUUCCCAUCGAAACAAACUUCUGGUGUAUGUAAAUCUCUGCCACGUAGAGUGGUGCAAGCGCCUCUCAUCGUUCGACAUCCUUCCGAAGACAUCUAUACCCCUAUCGGACGCAAACGCUUACUUGAUACUCUUGGCGUACCCGAGCAUUUGCAGACACCAGAGACGAAGAUUCUUGUAGUGAGCUUUGGCGGACAGGUUUUCCGACGGCCGCAUAGUCACACACCGUCAAGGAGUCAUAGUCCAACGGAUACGCACUCCGGAAGCGUUGGCAUCUCGCAUACCCCAUCAACAGAGUCUCUCAGCUCGAAUGGAAGCGCUUCGAAUGCACACGCAAACCAUUAUUACCAUCAUUCUGCCGUACACGCCAGAAACACACGAGAAAAGCGUAAAGAGAAAGAACCGUUCGUCCAUGUCGUGUCGCCAAUCGCUACAGAAUCUCAUAUCUGGGUGCCCGGUGCGCCGCCUGCGAACAAGACGCCUACCGUUUCUAGCUUUCCCAGGCUCGAAACGCUUGCAGACGAUAAUGAUUCAGACUAUGAUUCCGUAAUGGGCACGCCUCUGCUGGAUUCGGGUUCAGAUUACUCUGAUUCGGAGGUUUCAGAAUCCGUUCAACUUCAAAGGUUCUUACCAGACAACUCCUGGGUCGCGAUAGUCUGUGGCGGAACUGCCACUUCCUCCAAGACUUGCACAGGCGGAGGACGAGACAACGAUAAUGACAACGACGAACUACCGAAAAAUUUCUUCAUCGCCCCACAAGACGUCUACAUGCCGGACUUAACCGCACUCGCAGACGUCUUACUCGGCAAGCUAGGGUACGGAACAACAGCCGAAUGUGUCGACGCGUGUACACCGUUCGUCUUCGUUCCGCGUCCGUUGUUCGUUGAGGAACAUGGACUGAGGCGGUUGUUGCAAGAAGAAGGCGCGGGUGUUGAGCUCUCUUGCGAACGGUAUGAAGCGGGUGAUUGGGCGGAUGCGGUUAAGGAGGCGUGGGAGGCCGGGAAGGAGUUAAAGAAGCGGAAGAGAGCUGUCGGUGAUGACGGUGUGAGGAAGAAGCAGGGUAUGAAUAUGGCUAGGGAACUGGUGGCUUGGGUACGGGAGUGGCAAGAUGCGGAAGUGAUGUGCUGCAGAGGUGAAGGAGUAGAAGCGGAAGUAGAGUAG